AUGGCCGUCAUAUGGGGCCUCGAUCUGAGGGACAUGAAAUGGGGGAAAUUCAAGAGCUCGUACAUGUUUGGCAACAAGGAUUACCAUCUACGACGCACCAAGUUUGUGGUCUACCAGAUCGCAAUGAUAUUCUGCGUCGUCUCCGAGUCUGUCGGCACUGCCGCUCUAUCUGACUAUGUGGACCAACAAGAGAGAAUCGAGAGUUUACAUUCUUCCGCGAGCGUGCACAACGACGACUUCGUCGGGAUUGCCUCUUACAACAUCUUCGUGGGGAUCGCUGUCGCCACGAUCUUCGGCGCGGCCUUCUUCUUCGACCUGUUCUUCCCGGAGCGCUACGAACCCCCGAGAAUUCGCUGGGCAUGGAAGAUCAGUGCCGUAGUGGUCACCAUUAUGACAUUGGCGGACGCAUUGGCUUUGACCGUGAUUGUGGCCACGGGCAAUGCCUGGGUCUCGGCCGAUACUGAAGAUGCCCGAAUGAUUGCAGAAGAGAAGCUCAACCCUCCACUGGUAUACCGACACAAUGCCCGCGCCAUUGCCAGUGUGGUCUUCCUGUGGCUCGGACUGUGCGGGACAAUUGCUAGGUGA